GCACAGCCGUGCAGUUUCAGUCCGACCUUUCUGUUUUGGCUCUGUGUUGCUGUUUGCUGGCGUGUUGAGUGGAUUCACUUCCUUUCUGUUGUCCAAGACUCCAACUCAGAAACAAUCGUGGUCUGUGGCUUUACAACCGGCAGCAGCCACCAAUCAGCAAGAUCUCUCUGCUGCCUGCAGCUUCCGACAUGAAAGGCAGGAACAAAGAGCCAGUUCAGCUUAAAUACAAGACCUCUACGAAAUUCCAUAAUCUCAUCAUCGAUAGCAGUGGACAGGUCGUCAAAAUGAGCGACAUUCCCUCAAUUCCCUCAGUGGACGAGGUUGGUGAGCAGUACGCCCCGCAGGGAAGCAUCUCCCAAGUCCACAACCUUUACCAGACCAAGCCCGACGAAAACGGUUGCACUUCCUGGACUAAAGAGGAGCCCCAUGACCUGGUGGAGCCGGCUGAGAACUUGGAGUCUGAUCAGUUCGCGCUUCUCGUCCGCAACGUCAAGUGCUAUGACGGGCGCAAGAACCUGGAGAUCGAUUCCAUCGUGAUUCAGAGUGAGCCGCUCAAGAAACUCCUGGCCGGCGUCAUGAAAGGCUAUCCCGGUCUCACCAUGACUCUUGAGCGUAUUGAGUUCAAAAAGCCCUUCAAAGCCUUUGUCCACCGUUGGAGUCAGCUCACCGAUGCUCGUGAUAAAGAGACCGACCCGACUGCCAAAGCUCACGUUGACUUGCUGUACGGCAUCCUGGAAGAUGAGUUGCAUGAUACCGUCUCCCACAAGAACGACCUCCUUCGUAACGGCGUCGUGACUUUUGACUUGCUCUGGACCAUCUUCGAGCCGGGUGAGACUGUCUACAGUACUGAGAACGGUCACCAACGCAUCUACAAGUUUGAGUUCGGCGAUGUCAAUGAGUACACCAAAAAGUUCCAGAUCACCGGCAGCUAUAUCGACUUCGACGGUACUGACUUUGGCUAUAUGAGUACUUCGCUUCUCAUCCCUCCCUUUGACGGGACCAAGCCUAUCACUUCUUUGCCCGCAUUCCCUCUCAUCUGCCAUGAGGAUUUUGCUACCGUCCGAAGCGACAUGAUUGCUCGUGGAAAGCUGUGGCUGGAACAUAACGGCUACCACUACAAGGAAUACGAAGGUCGUGGCAUGGCGUACUACAUGGAUCGCAAUGUCAGCUACAACGUCAAAAGCCGCAUCAUCAUUGACGCGGAGGCCUACAACACCUUCAGUCCCGGUGACGCCUUUAAGGUUCAUUAUACCAUCUCAGGCAAACUCGCUGAUAAACACCUCUUGGUCGCCACCCCCAUUCUGCGCGGCUACUCCCUCAAGGACAAGAAGUGGCUGGAGUUUUUCGUUGAUGGCUUGAAAGAUAUUGAAUGGAAUUCGCGCGCCUUUGACGCACUCGUGCUUCCUGACGAAGACCUUGCUCUGAAGCAGUUGAUUUUUGCCUUUGCUCAGGCGCAGUCCCAGAGCGUCGAGGCUUUUGACGAUGUCAUCCAGGGCAAAGGCCGUGGCGUUGUCAUGCUUCUCAGCGGUCCUCCAGGGGUGGGCAAGACUCUUACCGCGGAGAGUGUUGCGGAAAUCAUGAAGGUGCCUCUCUAUGUGCUGAGCGCUGGAGACCUCAGUACCAAUGCCGCUCUGCUUGAGGAGAAGAUGAAAGAUAUUCUCCGCAUGGUUCCGAAGUGGGGGGGUGUUCUUCUGCUCGACGAGGCCGAUGUCUUUAUGGAAGCGCGCAACAGCAAUGACUUGGACAGAAACGAACUGGUGUGCGUGUUCCUCCGUCUUCUGGAGUACUACGAGGUAAGAGCCGCAGUCCCUUCCAGACUCAAUCCCUUUGGAAGAACCAGACUCACACGUCCCCGACAGGGCAUCCUGUUCCUGACCAGCAACCGCUCUGACGCCAUCGACCCGGCAUUUGAGUCCCGCAUCCACGUAGCCCUUCGCUACCCCAACCUGAACAAGUCGACCAGACGCCGGAUUUGGACCCAGUUGCUUGGACCCGAGGCCAGUAGCGCGAUCUCUGAUCAUGAGCUGAGCGAACUGGCGGAUGUGCCCUUGAACGGUCGGCAGAUCAAGAAUGUGCUCAAGACUGCCAGCCUCUUGGCCAACCACCAGGGAGCCAAGCUGGACUAUCCCCACAUUCAACUCGUCCUGAACCUGCGACCUCUCUAAGAGCAUCCAGUUUG